CAGAUAACGAGCGUUCUUCUUACUAAAACAGUUGUCUCUAACCUCUAGCCAACAAAAUUUCAUAACAAAUUAAUUCAAGUUAUUAUUUAAUAUUAUUACUAUUUUAAUAAGUGAAAUAAAAUGUUGAACGUCGGAGGAAGAUUGACAAGAAUAAUUGUUCGAAGUUAUGUUACGAAAUCCAAUGAAAUUGGAAAUCUUGUCAAAAAAAAUAAAGUUGUUGUCUUUAUGAAAGGCAUACCGGAGGAACCGAGAUGCGGUUUUAGUAAUGCUGUAGUUCAGAUAUUUAGAAUGCAUGGCGUUACUUAUGAUGCUCAUGAUGUUCUUCAAGAUGAAGAUCUUAGACAAGGUAUUAAAGAAUAUUCAAAGUGGCCAACAAUACCGCAGGUAUUUAUCAAUGGAGAUUUUGUUGGCGGCUGCGAUAUUUUAUUAGAAAUGCAUAAAAAUGGUGAACUAGUAGAAGAAUUGAAGAAAGUAGGUAUUAAAAGCGCCUUGUUGGAGAAAGAAGAUGCUUCUCAAAACGAAGCUACAAAAUCUAAAGAGUAGAAAGUGAUCUUCUAUUUAUUGUAAAUAAGACCGAUCUCGCAUCAGUAUAUAAUCCUUGUGCGAAAAGGAUGGAAACGAGAUGUGAAUUUGAAUUUAAAAAAAUUUAUGCCUCUGUCUAUUCAAUACGUAGAAAUCACAUAUUCUGUAGUUUUUUUCUUAAAAUUUUCCCAGCUGGACUUUUAGGAAUUUCGUUGAUGAACUGUACAUGUCCUAUUUGUUUGUAAUUGGAAACGUGUUUAGCAACAAAACUUUUUACGUCUUCUGGAUUAACGGUAACUCCUUUUUUCGGUACUAUAAAAGCUUUUGGAAUUUCGCCAUAUUUGUCGUGAGGAACACCAAUUACAGCAACGUCAGCGAUACCGUCUAAAUUGCUAAUAAUAUUCUCCAAUUCUGCAGGUGCUACUUGAAAACCUUUUACUUUGAUCAAUUCUUUGGAGCGUCCUUCAAUGUAGAUGUAUCCUAGGUAAAUUUUACAUUGAUCAAUAUAAUAAUUAACACAUAAGGAUUAUAAUGAUUAUAUAAUUUUUUAUAUAAUUAAUACCUAAUUCAUCAUAUUUUCCUACAUCUCCAGUUUUUAUCCAAUCACCAUCCAUAGUAUCUUGAGUUGCUUGAGGAUUUUUAUAGUAACCUUUCAUUACUUGAGGUCCCUUAACAUAGAUUUCUCCAAUUUCAUUUGGUCCUACGUUGAUACUUUCAUCAUCUUUGUAUUUGACAAAACGUAAUUGUGUGUUAGACACAGGAAAACCUACUGAAUUGGCAGGAGCAGUUUUACUUAGUGUUACUACUGGACUGGUUUCAGUCAUACCGUACCUAUAAAUACAUAAAAAAAACUUUGAUUUACAAUCUUUUUUUCUUUGAAUUGUUAUCACAUUGAUGUAUAUUCUUACCCUUGCACAAAUUGCACUUUGUCGCUGACACGUUCAUGAAAUUUACUAAUAGUAUCUAUCCCCAGUGGUGCAGCUCCUGAUAUAAUCAUCCUUACAUGUUCAACAUGCCUUGAUGUAAUUUGUUCAUUAUUAACCAUCAUUUGUAUAAUCGGUGGUACCAAGUAUAACAAUGUCGGCUUAUAAUUUUCAAGGAUUUUUAUAUAAUCUUUUAUUGAAAAUUGCGGUAGACACACUAAUUUGGCGCCUAUUCUAUAAAUAGGAAUUAAUCUAUUAUAUUUAGUUAUAAUAAACAAAUAUAUAUGCAUAUAUGUAUAUGCAUACGUAUAUGGUGUCUAUCUAACUCAAGUAUUUUAGAUAUCUAAUUUAUUUGUUAAUGUAAGGUAAAAUUUUGUUAGAAGAGGCAAAUAUUUCGAUAGUUGAACGUUCCGAUGCCAAUGCGUUAGAGUAGUAUUAAUUUAAUCGAUAAAUUAUUUGGGAUGUUUAAAAUUCAAUAAAAAAGUAAAUGUACCUUAAAUAAUUACAAAUAAGAGGAACUAAGGCAUAUAUAUGAAAGAAAGGUAGUACCAUUGGUACAGUAUCCUGUGUCGUUUCAGUAGUACUUAUACCAAUUGAAACUUCUGGAGAACUUAUUUGAAGUAAAUUUGCAACAAUGUUCCUGAAAGAAUCAUGAUAUAGACAAUGAAUGAAAUAUACAAAUGUUCAUAAAAGUACAAUACUUAUUGAUUUACCUGUGCGUUAAUUGUACACCUUUAGGUAACCCAGUGGUACCACUAGAAUAUAGUAAAAAAA